AUGUUGUCUUCCCUGGCCACAGUCGCUCUUGCCAGCCUCGCGAUCCAUGUGCAGGCGCAUGGUGGCCACCUCGCUCACGAUCCCGCACCCAGCGUAGCUGCAGACGCGGACUGGGCAACCCGGCACAUGGCUGAGGAGCACCACAUUGCUCAAUUCGACGCCGGAUCUUUCUUCAACCUCCACGACUUCGAUCAAACCAACGAGUGGACACACGACGAUCUCUACAAAACAUACGGCCUCCACCACGAAUCCACCAACCACAUCACCAAGACCCAAAAAGACGCCGCGAUAGCGGACAUCAUCAAGACCUUCGACCGCGACCUGAGCGGGACGAUUUCGUUUGCCGAGUACACCAUCGGCGUGGCGCAAGGCCUGAUCCUACCAAACUUAGGCUGGGGCCCCGGACACCACGGUGAUGACGAGUACGAGUAUGAGAUCCACCACUUCGAAAAGUACCACGAUGAGAACACGAAGGAGGAGGAUCUGAUACAUCCUGAGGAUAUUGCGCAUUUUCGGAUGCAUGAUGAGAAAGAGGCGGCCGAGGAGCGACAGGAGAGGCAGGAUAGGAUGAAGAUUGUGGAGGCGAAUAUUCCAGCCAAGUUCCGACGGCCAGAGCUUUAG